AUGGCCGAGGCCGCAGCAUCGACCGAACCCCCGCCGUGGUGGGCGGCAUUUCCCGCCCCCAAGGCCAAGACACCGGAAAUCGAGGCUGACGAAGUCAUGGUGUUGCUUGAGUCUCAACUUGCGGCUGGAAACGAUACCGCUCGCCGUGAUUUCCUGCUCGUCGACGUGCGACGCAACGAUUUUGAGGGGGGCACCAUCGCAACCUCCAUCAACUUGCCCGCCCAGUCCCUCUAUCAGACGAGGCCCAUCAUUCAUCAGCUGUGCAAGCAGGCCGGAAUCAAGCGUGUUAUAUUUUACUGCGGAAGCAGUAAUGGCCGUGGUCCUCGGUCGGCGAAUUGGUUACAGGACUACUUCGACGAAGUCGGCGAAACUGGAAUCCAAUCCGUCAUCCUUAAAGGCGGCAUUAAGGGAUGGGUGCGCAAGUACGGCGGCCGCAUGAUGGACACGUACGACGAGAGGGCGUGGGUUGAUGUCGCAAAAUAA